ACAUCAAUAGAUAUUUGAACGAAUACUCAGUCAGCCUGCAGCAGCGGCAAAAACGUAAGAUUUUUGAGAUUUUACUCCUCGCUAAAUCUGAUCAUUGUUGUUAUUACCCAGGGAUGGAGAAUGGACCGCUGGAAUUUGCAACAUGAGGUAUGUGACUGGCGAUAUGGGACAAGAAGGGAGUAUACGAAUGUCAGAUGACCCUUUAUCUCCACAUAUUACUACAUUUACAUCACAGACAUUAUUGUCUGUUGGAUAUCAACCCUGAAGAGGAAUCGUCAUGGAGUCACUAGAAGCUACUGUGGAGGUGAAAUGCUCUAAAGAGGAUCUAAAAAAGACAGCUACACAGACAAAGUGGGCAGCGCCAGAGCCUACAACUGCCCAAACUAAAAUGCCCCCUUCGGUUGAUUCUGAGGGGGAGGGGUGGCACCAAUGCCCACAACCUGAGGAGGACCAGAGUAGAACCACAUGUGUUUCAACAGACAAGCCUGACUCAGGGAAACUAAGACAAUUAGGGAAAUCACCACGCCAAUUACAGGAUCAAGCCUGCAGUCAUCCUCAUUACAACGUAUUAACAUCAUAUCCACCACUGGGGAGACAGGCAGUUCCCUUUGCUCGACAGAAAACGGCAGAUCGCUCGGUUUCUGCACUUCCGCUAUCCCAUGGCAACUGUGAAGGGCCCUCUCCUCAGAGGAGCGCCCCCAGUUUACCCGCGUCUCUUCAACACUGUUCCCAGUCAGGGAUAGAGGAGCUAUCCAAGGACGUGUGUAGUAAGCUGGAGCAGAAACAGCAGCAGAGGCCUGGGAAGUAUGUUUGUGAUUAUUGUGGGAGGGCAUGUGCCAAACCCAGCGUACUUAAAAAGCAUAUUCGCUCACAUACUGGGGAGCGACCCUACCCCUGCGUUCCCUGCGGCUUCUCUUUCAAAACCAAGAGCAAUUUAUACAAACACAGAAAAUCUCAUGCUCACUCUGUCAAAGCUGGGACAGUGCCAAUUUCAGAACUGGGUUCUUACAAUGCCAACAUUGAGGACCGGGGAUCUUUAGAAGGAGAAGGAGAGCUAUACUCUGAUGCUGAGCAGAGCUCUGACACGGAUGAUGACUAUUCAUCGUUCUUGGACUCUGUUUCAGUCGAGGAACCAGAUAGCACCACUGCUGUGAAAGUACUGAAUCUCAUUGCCCAGAAACAGGGAGUUACAUCAACAUUAUCUGAGGAGCAUUCAGCCAGGCUCCCAGAGAUCAAUGGUGAUCAAGCUCCAGCUGUUUCUCAGGUCAAUCGUGCAAUUCAAUCCAGCGCCAUCAAGCAGAGGCUGGCUCUCCGGCUCUCAGAGAAAAGGAGCAGUGACACUGACACAUCUCUCUCCCUGCCUAGCCAGGGAAGCAAAGGCAGCACAGACUCAGGCUACUUCUCACGCUCUGAGAGCGCAGAACACCAAACCGGUGGUCCUCCCAACACAAACGCCAAGUCCUAUCAAGAGAUUAUGUUUGGGAAGUGUUACAAACCGAACCCGAAACAGGCCAUAACAGUUGUGACUUGCACUACAGACUUAAUAAGUGAUCGUAAGUCUUCAGAGCGAGGUGUUUCCCGCGUAUUCACACAAGAAAAGGAAUCAAUGAUAGAAUCGAUCAGAAUAAACACACAUUCAUUUACAAGGGAAGAAAUUAAAGAGGCUCAACUAGAGCUCUCCGAUUCUGGGCAGCUGGUGCGGAGCAACUCGAUGCCCACGUCCUCAGCUGCGUGUCUGGACAUGCCACAAGGCCUGCGAGGCAGCCACUCCUUUGAUGAGAGGGCGUCCCCUGGAGGUAUUAGGAGACUCAGGCGACAGGCUGCCUUUGAACACUCUGCACACGAUGGACACACAGAACUUCCUGACCACUACGGAAACAUCUCUGAUAUUUCCAACCUUGGAGUAGAGAUGGAAUUUGCGACGAGGAAACGACGGAAGGAAAACUGUAUCAGAGAGGAGGAGGAUAUAGCAAGCCAGUAUCACACAGACUACGACCACGCUGAAGAGACGAGGGACUGUGAUUCAAAGCAAGCCUCUCAAGGUGCUCUAACCACGACUCCUUCAGUGAAAGUGCAUGCCCAAGGCGUGAACACACAGGAUAGAGCGCAGUGUGAUAGACUGGACAUGGACAUGUUGGAAGACACUACAGAGAAGAGAGCUUUAGGUAAUGUCAUCUCUGUGAUUCAACACACAAACUCCUUGAGCAGGUCUCACUCGGACGAGUCUUACAACCGCCAGAGACGGGAAAAGCCUUCCUCAAUGGAAGUGGUGGAGCAAACCGAAACCCGAGAUAAAAGUGACAGUAGAUUGUUAGACCAAUCACAUCAAAUGACACCUAAGCUAGUCCGUCAGUCCAACAUACAGGUCCCAGAGAUCAGGGUGACUGUAGAACCUGACAGUCCAGAGAAAGAGAAAGCAGCGGAGGUGAAACAGGUGAAGGCGAAGGAGCCCGAUAGAUAUGUAGAGGAGUUCCAGUGGCCUCAAAGAAGUGAAACCCUGUCUCAGUUCCCCCCAGAAAAACUCCCUCCAAAGAAGAAGAGACUGCGCUUAGCUGACUUGGAGCACUCUUCUGGUGAGUCUAGCUUCGAGUCGGCCUGUACGAGCCUCUCCCGAAGCCCUAGUCAGGAUAGCAACCUAUCCUACUGCUCCAGCUUCUCGUUUGACCGAGAAGAGAGAGAGCGAGAGUUUAUCCCCAAGCCAGCUCCCCUGGCAGCUAGACAGGAUGAGUUUGGAAAAGCGUUGGAGUUCUUAGCUGUGCCAGGAAGCACCCACUCCCUCUCUGUCCUGAACCAGCGUCAACAACAUGAAAUGAGACGCUCCUCUUCAGAACAGGCACCAUGCAACUCUCAGCGCAGAGAGCUCCCAGAGGUCCGAAGCGUAUCAUUUGACUACGGCAGUCUCUCUCCAAUGGCCAAAGUUAGACAUGCGGAACUCGGCGCCAGUUACUCAGAACCCAGACGGGGUAACUUGGUAAGACAGGCGUCCUUGAAUGUUGACCCUGAAUUUACACAUCCAGUCCUUCCGCUAAAUAUUCUUCCUCAGUACCUCAGCAAUGCCCUGUCGCUCUCAACCACUUCUCUGCUCUCGCAGUCUCUGCCAAUGUUUGCCCCUCAGCCACCACACUCCGGUCUCUUAGUUCCUGUUAGAGUACAGGCUCACGUGCCAUCUUACGGUAGCAUUACAUACACCACUGUGUCACAGGUUGUAGAGGAUCCAUACGAAAACUCUCUCACUUCUCACUUUGCACAUUUAUCCACAAAUUUAGAUGCGUUAUUAGGACACCCCCGAGGACUGUUGACCAACAACCCAGCCCAGAUUCAAGUUCUAGAUCUGUCACCAGCUAAGUUUAAGACAGGCAUCCCACUAACCCUGACCUCCAGGACUAUCUCCACCACCAACUGUGGAUCCAGUGGUGGAUCCAACAAGCGCAUGUUGUCUCCGGCCAGCAGCUUGGACCUGUUCACGGAGGUAAAACAGCAGAAACGUGUCAAAGAGGAGAAAAUGUACGGUGAGAUAGUGGAGGAGUUGGGUGCUGUGGAGUUAGGGAACUGUAAUGUGACCGAAGAGAGCAAGUACAGUUUAAAGACUGAGUUUAAAAGUGACACCAACCAGGGAGCAUCACUGUCAGGCCUUUCUUCUAUAUCCUCUUUGUCUGUGUCAUCCUCACGUCAUUCUCAAGACGACCGAGCAAGUGAAAGCUUCAUCUCACCUCAGCAACAAGGGUCAGAAUGUCCUGAUUCCCCUAUGGACAACUGCCCAACCGAAACACGCCUACAUCCACCCUCUCUGUUUUCCCUAAAUUAUUUCAAAGAGUCUGGCAUGGACAGCAAGUCACAGAUGGAAAUUAUGGUGCAGGUAGUCAAAGGUCAAGGCAUCCUCAUCUCUGACGGUGAAAACACCAAACUGAUAUCUCAGUUUCCAAGUCUUCGCACAACGACAGUUGUGAGUUGGUGCUAUCUGAACUACACCAAGCCAAACAGCACUCACAACACUUCUCCUAUGUCCUCUGUGUACACUACGUGGUGCGUCAGUUCCCAUAACCCCAACCCUCCUAACCUCAACACCAGUGCAACCCUGGCUCUGCUCCGCUCCAAACAGAAGACUAACACAUGGGUGUACACCAUGGCUGCCAUGUACCAACCUGGGACUGGGAAACUGGUCUCCUCCUCACUCUUAUGGAGGCAGAGGAUUGAGCUGCUACAGAGCAAACCGGAGCUCAAAGAGCUGGAUGUGAUCUCCUGUGGAAGGAAAGUGAAGGAUGCCAGCUGCAGGGUAAAAGCAGCGAAGGAGGACUGGAAAGACAUGGAGGUCUCCUCGAAACAUACAGCAGCGCCAACACCAACACCAACCCAGAUCAAAAUCUUUGACGGAGGGUUCAAGUCCAAUGAGGACUAUGUGUACGUGAGGGGCCGAGGCCGAGGAAAGUAUAUCUGUGAGGAGUGUGGCAUCCGCUGUAAGAAACCUAGUAUGCUAAAGAAACACAUACGCACCCACACUGACGUCAGACCCUACGUUUGCAGGGUCUGCAACUUCGCUUUCAAAACGAAAGGAAACCUGACCAAGCAUAUGAAGUCAAAGGCUCACAUGAAGAAGUGUCUUGAGCUUGGUGUGUCAGUCACAGUGGAUGAUACAGAGACACAGGAAUCUGAUGACAUCCAGCAAGACUCGAAGACCGGGGUCUUGAGCUCAGCCAAACACCAGUUCUCGGACGCAGACGACUCCGAUGGCAUGGAUGAAGAGAUAGAUGACAUCGACGAAGAUGACGAUGAUGAUUACGACGGUGGCUCCACUCCAAAAAUCCGCUCCCAGAGCACCAGCCCUCAGCCCUGUGACAUAGCCUCUCCGUCGGUUACCUCUACCACCAUCACCCAGGUUGUGUCGUCGGCUCUCCAUGGCUGUACCCUCAGUACCUUCCGUUCUCUCCCCAGCUGCCUCACCAACUCCAUCGUGCCUCCACCGUGCCAUCCCCACACCUCCAUCUCAGGCAAGAGCACAGGGCCAGACCGGAGGACUGUCUUGGCCUCCAGCCUGGACAAGGAGCAGAGUGAGAGAGAGAGGCUUGUGGAGGAGGACUGUAGCCUGGCCAUGCUGUCUCCUGACCAGGGUUGUCUGUUCACCGGUCUGCUGUCCACUGGCUGGGAGUCCCCUCUGACGGAACCGUCCCCCUCCCAGCUCCGCUACCCAUCACCCCGUAGGGACCUCUCCCCCCGGGGUCGCUUCUCACCUCGAUGGGACACCUCCCAGCUGAGGCCCAGCUCCCCCAACCUCAACCCCAUCCAGCACCUCUCCCCGGCCUGCAUGGAGAGGCCCCUAUCCCCAGGCGGAGUGGACCUGCCUGGGAGGAGGGAGCCAUCGGCCCGGGGCAGACAGAGGGUGGUGCUGAGGGCUGUGUCUCCACGUAGAGGGGGCUCGCAACACAGAGGGUCUGGCGAUAAAACCAAGCGACAAGCCAAGGCUGAACUUGUCCACAAGGGAGUAUCCAUUGAAAUGGAUUUGGAUCAGAGGAGAAGCACGCUCCCCAAACUGCCUGGUCCCUACAUCUCCAGUUGUACACAUCAUAACGUCCUCAGCCACCUUCCCCUACACUCCCAGCAGCAGGCUCGAACUCUACUCCCCAUGGUCCCUAUCGGGGGGAUCCAGGUACUGCGCACUUUGCCCUCCUGCAGCUCUGACCGGACCCAUCUGUCAACCCUGUUCCAUCAGAAGACUGAGCUCCACCAGGACAGCAAUAAGGAGGGAUCUGUCUGUGUGGCGGGCUUCGGUGCAGAGGACUCAGUAGCCCAGCAGCAGGAGAAGGAGCGGGAAAGGGAGAGGCCGUCCCCCCACCAGACACCCUGGGACUCUGAGGAGGAGAAAGAUCCUGUCUCUGUCCUCACGGUCAGGGACCCUAAGCAGGAAGAGGGUCUUCAGACCUGCACCAAGGCCAUCGCCUCCCUCAGGAUCACUUCUGAGGAGCAUCUAUAGACUGGGGUUGCAUAAGGCUCUGGCCAAAAGUAAUGCACUCUAUAGGGAAUAGGGUACCAUUUGGGACAUAUGCUACAUGACCAGAAGUAUGUGGACACCUGCUCGUCUAACAUCUCAUUCCAAAAUCAUGAACAUUAAUAUGGAGUUGGUCCCCCCAUUGCUGCUAUAACAGCCUCCACUGGACUUGCUUCCAUUCAGCCACAAGAUCAUUAGUGAGGUUGGGCACUGAUUUUGGGUGAAUAGGCCUGGCUCGCAGUCGGUGUUCCAAUUCAUCCCAAAGGUGUUCAAUAGGGUUGAGGUCAGGGCUCUGUGCAGGCCAGUCAAGUUCUUCCACAACGAUCUCGACAAACCAUUUCUGUAUGGACCUCGCUUUGUGCACGGGGGCAUUGUCAUGCUGAAACAGUAAAGAGCCUUCCCCAAACUGUUGCUACAAAGUUGGAAGCACAGAAUCGUCUAGAAUGUCAUUGUAUGCUGUAGCGUUAAGAUUCCCCUUCACUGGAACUAAGGGGCCGUUCCUGAACCAUGCAAUGCAGUUGGCACUAUGCAUUGGGGCAGGUAGCGUUUCCACUGCUCCAGCUGACGCUUGGCAUUGCGCAUGGUGAUCUUAGGCUUGUGUACAGCUGCUCGGCCAUGGAAACCCAUUUCAUGAAGCUCCCGACGAACAGUUCUUGUGCUGACGUUGCUUCCAGAGGCAGUUUGGAACUCGGUAGUGAGUGUUGCAACCGAGGACAGACGAUUUUUACGCACUUCAGCACUCGGCGGUCCCAUUCUGUGAGCUUGUGUGGCCUACCACUUCGCGGCUGAGCCGUUGUUGCUCCUAGACAUUUCCACUUCACAAUAACAGCACUUACAGUUGACCGGGGCAGCUCUAGCAGGGCAGAAAUGUGAUGUACUGACUUGUUGGAAAGGUGGCAUCCUAUGGCGAUGCCAUGUUGAAAGUCACUGAGCUCUUUAGUAAGGCCAUUCCACUGCCAAUGUUUGUCUAUGGAGAUGGCUCGAUUGUAUACACCUGUCAGCAAUGGGUAUGGUUGAAAUAGCCAAAUCCACUAAUUUGAAGGGGUGUCCACAUACUUUUGUAUAUAUAGUGUACCUUGGAGCUUCCUCCAGGAGCAGCUGAGCCUCUCAUCCAUCGCCCAGUCCCCAGCUUGCCUGGUCCUAGAUCUGUUUAUGCUGUCUUGCCAACUUUUAUGGUCACAUAGGAGUUGGCAAGACAGCACAAGAAGAUCUGGCACCAGAAUACAUCCACAGUAUCUCUCAAUCUCAUUCCUCUAGACAGACAGACAGACAGUCAGACAUACAAAAUGACUUCAUCCAGUCCCUUUUGGUUGGGUGUUGGAGGCUCUCCUCUCAGUCGGUUCAGGUUUCUGCAUGCUAGUAGUGUAAAGGCCAGUCAUCUAACAAGCCCCUCCCCUCCUGUCUCCCACAGACUAUAUCUAUAUCUGAGCGAAGAACAAACCUUGACAUACAGGAACAACACAAGACUUCAUGCUCUCUAUGAAUUUCUCUAUGAAUUAAGAGUUUUUGAACAUUUAGGUCAGCAGAAUCCUCAUAGCGAAGGACAAGCAAGAAGUCAGUUGAAGCGGUGGACACAGGUGCAAAACAUGGUGUUAAAGUAAAUGCUUAUAUAUUAGUUAAGCUUGCAUACACUUGCACACAAACAUAAUUAUUGAUGUUGAUUAUACUCCAUAACCCACUCUUAACACCUACAGUAUGUGCAUACACAUGUAUAUGUGGACAUGUAUACGUGGACAAGCAUUUCGCUACACCCGCAAUAACAUCUGCUAAAUAUGUGUAUGUGACCAAUAACAUUUGAUUUGAUUUGACUACUUUGAAAAUAGGCUGUUAUUGUAUUCAUAUCGAGUGAUGAUAGUUAAGGGUUUGAUUAUUGAAAACAUUGGAGAGGAAGUAACAACAGAAGUAUCUGAAAUAUGAAAGUAUUUGCAAAUUGAGUCUGACCAAAUUUUGCAUAGACUUGCUUAUUGUCCAGUUUGGUGCUUUUGAUUGAACAGCAAAGGUCUGUCUGUGCCUUUUCUUUGCUUUCUACCUAUGUUUUGAACGAGCAUAUUAAGCAAGGGAAAAGUGAAUAUCAUUUUUAAGGAACUUUUAAUCAGAAUUGUCUGACGUGACAGUGUUAUUUAUUAUCAAUGAAUAUUGCACUAAAACAUAUCUUUUACUUUGUGGAAUGAAAUUGCUGAUUUGUGCCGCUACGUUUAAUGUAAAUGUAUCCAUUUGAAAUGUUUUAUGUUGCAGAUUCUCAAUGUUGUGUUUUUAUCUUUAUGCUAUUGCACAAAUAGAGAAGUGAAUAUUAUGUAUACUGUGAGAUGUCUUUAUAUAUUAGAAAAGUACUCUCUUGUUGACGAUGGAAAAUAUUUGACUACUAUUUAUAUGCUGUAUAUGAUCUCCACUUAUGCAACAGUGUGUCCCACUGACCGAAGCGUAUGAGAUCCUUAUGAUGUCAUGUCAUUGCUUUAUAACUUAUGGCUUUGAAUCAAAAACUUGUUUUUGUUAUUCUGGCCACUGAACCUUUAUGAAUUGAAAUAAGCACUUUCCUCCUAACUUUGAUAACUGACUGAGGUGGUGAGUGAGGAGAAAUAAAAAACAAUCAUGUGA